AUGCGUUCGAGGCAGCGAGCGGCGGAGCGUGACGUCGGCGCGGGGGGGCCCGCACGCGGGCGGGAGGGAGGACGCCCCUGCACGCCCCCGCCGCGAGGAGAGAGAAGCUGGGCGCAAUUAACUGGCUUCGUCAUGUCCGGGCAGCCGGACGCCGUUUGCCGGCCGGCGCCCGACGCCGACGCCGACUCGGAAGCUGCCGGCUGCGCUAGGCGGUGCGAGCGCCGGCUUGCGGCGUGGUCAUCGGGGGCCCGGGAAGCGCGAAGGAAGGCGGCCUGCCGGUUUUACGACGGCCGGGCCGGAGACAUCCCCGCGCGCUCGUCACUGGCCCUCGGCUUACCUUCUUCCUCGCCCGCGCCCUCGCUUCCGUCCUCAUUCUCCCGCGCGGACCGCUCCGCUCUCCGCUUCUGCUUGCGCGCGGCGCGGGUGGCCGAGGAGCAUCCACUCGCACGUUCGUUCGUCGUCGGACCAACUUUUGUCUACGCAAACAAGGCACGUUUGUGCACGGUGCGCAGCGCGUGCCAGAAGGCCACCCACAGCUCACCCCGCUGGCUGUCGCUGGGCGGCGGGCAGCAGUGCAUCGACUUCGAGCAGGUGCUUCCCGACCGCAUCCCCAUCUCGCAGAUGACGACGGUAAGUGGACCCCGCGCCCGCACCCUCGCCCCCGCCCCCGCCCCCGCCCCCGCUUCCCGGGCCGGCGGGGCGCGCCGGGCGUUCGGCACGUCAACUCGGCCGGCGACAGCCGUCACUGCGCCACCGCAGUGCAAACACCUCGCCGACACAUGCGAUGGGCGCGCGGGGUGGGGAGAUAACUAUGCGGGCCGUUGUGCACUUGCAGCUUCGAUUGUGCGCUGCAUCUGCUCUCGGCACGAACCAUUACCUGAAAGUUUGGUUGUGGCACGAGAACACGUGGAUUAA